AUGUCCAUCGAUUACUGCCGAGAACAAGGGAGCAAUGCAGUGAUGCGGUGGUUGCGUGGAACGCCCAUCGAUGUGAACUACGACUUCCGACGCUGGCGGAAGCACCAGGUGGCCACUCGACAUUUGUUGCUGUGGACGCCGCGGAAUGCGAUGAGAUGGGACCUGCUCCGUCGACUUCUCUUUCCAGACCUGGCCUGGCUGGGACUCAACAGCGGCUUGCUCUGCGUCUACAACGCUCGGGAGCUCGGGGGGGGUUAUUAUAGGGUCGUUUCUGUUGGGAAGCUCAGGCGGUUAGUUAACGUUUGGGUUUAUAGGGGAUAUCCUGUACAGUUACUAUGUAGGUGUGAAUGGGAAAUCAUCAAAGACAAUUUUUCCAGCCAUGUUUGA